AAUUAUAAGUCUGUAUAUAUAUAUAGCGUACGUUUGUCCUCUCCCAUAUGGGACACCACACAAGCACUGAUAAGAAUUUAAAGCGACAUUGUCCAUCUAUAUAUAACCUGAUGUACAGAUCAAGACCUGUUCGAAGACAAAUAUAUGUAUUAUUGUCGGCCUGAAUUCAUAUUCGUAGUGUGGUCUUUGCGUUCGUAACACACACUAAAAGAUGAACACAAUACGAAAAAUGAACAAAAUAUCAGUAUUUCUGAACUUUCUAUCUAUAGGUUGGGCUAUCGGGAUAAGGGGCAUACAAUAAUCAAAUCCACCUUGAUAGCUAUAAAAUCGACUUAAUAGACCCUCGAUCUGUUCCUAAAAUUUAUAUAUAUAUAGCUUGAUAUUUUGGAAAAUGUUAUUGUCAAAAAUAAAAGACACGGUUAAUCGUCACAGGGGACGUUAUUCAGUGUAGGCAUGAUAAAGGUCGAUCAGAGAUAUGCUACACGGCUAUACGGUUUACCCAGAUUAGAGUAAGGGAGUUUAGUGAGGUAGGCUGCUCAGACGAGGGUACGUCAUUUCAGAAAUGAAUUGUCAGUUUGUAAGCGCGGUCUUUAGGGUCGGACUUGCGUUAGCAGUGGCGACUGUGCUGUGGAGUGUGUUUCUGCCAGUCGUGUUACUCCCCCUUAUAGUAGGCACAGCUUAUUGUGUAAAUGCCUACUUCACCGCCAAAUACGCCACCAGAGAAGACCCUGCAGGAAAGUUUGUGCUGAUCACGGGCUGCGAUUCUGGCAUCGGAUAUGAAACUGCACUGGCUGCUUCAAAAUCUGGUUUGAAGGUAUUUGCAUGCUGUUUGGAUAGCACAAGCAGUGGGGCAUGUGGACUACAGGAAAGGUCAUCCAAUGUCCAGGUGCUGCAGAUGGAUGUCACUAAGACUGAAGAUGUAGAAGCUGCUGUCAACCAUGUCACCAAAGUGUGUGGAUCACAAGGUGUGUUUUCACUCCCAGGUCUUUGGGCUGUUGUGAAUAACGCUGGUUUUAACUAUGUUGCACCAUUAGAAGUUACAAGCAUGGAAACAUUUCAGCGCCUUGCAGAUGUUAUGUUGUUUGGUACUGUACGCGUCACAAAAGGCUUUCUUCCACUUAUCCGCAAAGCUAAAGGGCGAGUUGUGACUAUGUCUAGUGAUCGUGGCAUGCUCUCCUGUCGAAACUCUGCUGCUUACUGCAUUGCCAAACAUGGUAUUGAGUCAUUCAGUGAUGUACUGCGUUUAGAGAUGGCAGACUUCGAGGUCAGUGUUUCCAUUAUACAACCAGGUCACUUCGGGGCAGCAACAAACAUCAUCAAUGACAAGGCAGUGGAGGUAAUGCGUGCAACAAUAGAGCGAGAUUUUCAUCAGGCAGGUAAUGAUGUGCAGAAGGUGUAUGGGCAGAAAAGUAUUGAUAAAGUAGUUGAAACAUGUGUGGCCAGCCGCAUGUCAUCAGCGCGUGAUCUCCAACCUGUCACUGAUGCAAUUCUGGAUGCAAUUCUAAGCAGUAAACCAGCCACCAGAUAUCCUGUGCAUGGUAUGCAAGGAUAUUUGGACUGGGGAAUUGUUCUGGGUCAUCUGCGACCAAUGAUGCCAGACAGAUUAAUGGAUCGCACUAUGAAGAUCAUGCACUUUUGACAGCUUGUUUACUUUUUGAUAUUUUGUAAACAAAGCAUCAGUACAAGAUGGCCUAUUAAAGUUUAAGUGUCUGAAUGAUA